UCAUGCCGCAGCGCCGCCUCUACGGACUACCGCAUGAUUUAGAGAACUAUCGUUGCUUUGGGCAUGAUGCAGUGUACUAAACCUAACACACGAUGUUUUGCAGUUCUGUGAGUUAGGCGUGUUGACAUGGACGAAGAAUCCGCAUUCGGGAGGGACGAGAAUGAUACUGAUAAGGUGACUAAGACCGAUAAUGAAAAUUUGAACGAAGAUGAUGAGAGCAGCGACAAUGAUUCCGUCUCGUCAUAUGAUAUCUUACCUCCGGAUGAUUUUCAUAAUAAUGAACAUGGCGCAAAUAGUGAAAACGUAAGUGGCGUAUAUUUUCAUUUUAUUUUUGAAUUUGUAAAGUAUGGCAUGGCUAACUAUAUAUCCUUGCGUACAAAUUUGCAUGAAGAUGUGGAUGUUGACAAUGUGCAACAUAGUUGGCAGGAAUCAUUUGCAGAUAACUUGAGCCAGGAGGAGUCAGAUGGUCCUAGCGUUGAUCACGAUGAGGGAGAGAUCGAUAUUGAGGAGGCUCAAAGGCAGCAGAAGAUGCUUGAGACACACUGGAAGGUCAUGGCUAUGACCUUUCGGUCGCAAGGGGAUGCAUACAUAUUCUACAACAAUCACGCCAGAGAGCACGGGUUUAGCAUCAGGAAACAGAAGGUGAAACGAGGUGCUUCGGGAAUGAUACGGUACCGGCGGUUUCUUUGCUCCAGGGCAGGGAGAAGGCAGAGCAAGUUCAUAACCAUGGAGGGCCGCAAGCGCAGGCUUCGACCGGAGACUCGUUGCAACUGCGGUGCACAUAUGGUGGUGAAGCUGGACAGAGAACGUGGCGUUUGGUUCGUCGCAUCAUUCGUGGAUGAUCACAACCACACGAUGGCUCGGCCCGACGAGGUUUUUUUUUGUGGUCACACAGACGGAUUGGAGAUGGCCAGAGGGCCGAGAUAUUGGCGAUGGAAGCGGCCGGGAUAAGAAAGCAUAUUAUAAUGGACAACUUCAUCAGCAGAUACGGUUCGUACGAUAAGUGCGGGCUUAUCAGGAGGGACAUUUACAAUCUUUGUUGCAGAGAAAAAAUGAAGCUCAUUGCGAAGGGUGAUGCAGAGACGGCAGUUGGCAUUAUGAGGAGCAGGAAGGAGAAGGACCCUGAGUUUUUUUUGAGUAUGUGCGUGACAAGGAAGGGCGACUGAAGAGUAUGUUCUGGUGCGAUGCACAGUCGCGGAGGGACUAUCAGGAUUACGGAGAUGUGGUCGUGUUUGAUAGCACGUAUAAGAUGAACAGAUACGGUAUGCCGUUCAUCCCCUUUGUCGGAGUUAACAACCACCGUUGCACCACAGUGUUUGGUUGUGCCAUCAUUGCUGACGAGACGGAAGGGACAUACGUGUGGCUGCUGCAGACAUUUAUGAAGGCAAACUGUC